CGCGCGUGGCUCUACGGAAGCCGGGCCGGCGCGCUCCUGUCCCCGCGGCGGCUGAGGCGGCGGCGGCCCCGGCCUGAGGGGCUGGGGGGGUCCCGGCGGUCCGGGCGGAGCGGGGAGCGGGAUGGCGGCACCGUGAGGAGCUCGCACGCUCCGCACGGCCUGGAUGCCCGCGGGCGGCAGGACGCUGUCACACGCCGCCCGCGCUCUCGGCCCGGGCGCGGCGCUGCGCUGCCCUCACGCCCCGCUCCCCUCGCCCAGGCCGCUCUCCCGCCCCGCCGCGGCCCGCCCCGCCUGCUGCUGGCAGCUGCCGGUCCGUGCGGCGUCCCCGCAGCGGCGCGGGGCUGUCGCGUUCGCCGCGUCGCUGCUGCUGGGCAGCUGGCUGCGCUCGGCCGCGGGCAUGGCGGAGCAGCGGUACUGCGUGGACUACGCCAAGCGCGGCACGGCGGGGUGCAAGAAGUGCAAGGAGAAGAUCGUGAAGGGCAUGGUGCGCAUCGGGAAGAUCGUUCCCAAUCCUUUCACCGAGUCCGGCGGGGACAUGAAGGAGUGGUACCAUGUCAAGUGCAUCUUUGAGAAGCUGGACAAGGCCCGGGCCACCACCAAGAAAAUCGAGGACAUCACAGAUUUGGAGGGGUGGGAAGAACUGCAGGAUGAGGAGAAAGAAACAAUCAACAAGUACAUCUCAGAAGCCAGUUCCAAGACUGGAGGUACCCCAAAGAAAAAGGUGAUAGUGCAGGCAAAACUGACUCCCACAGGACAGCUGACCACAAAAGAUCCACCAAAGAAAUUCUCUGGAUUCUCUGCCAAGCCCAAGACUGCAGAGGAGGCCCCUGCGGGUGCCCCGCGGCCCAGCCUGUCUGCAGCCAGGUGUGACCCCGGGCACAAGGACUGCCUGCUGCGCGAGUUCCGCAAGCUCUGCGCCAUGGUGGCCGACAAGCCCAGCUACAACGUGAAAACUCAGAUCAUCCAGGACUUCCUCAGGAAGGGGUCUGCAGGAGAUGGUUUUCAUGGUGAUGUAUAUCUGACCAUUAAGUUGCUGUUACCAGGUGUCAUUAAAAUAGUUUACAACUUGAAUGAUAAGCAGAUUGUAAAGCUGUUCAGCAGGAUUUUUAACUGCAACCAGGAAGAAAUGGUCCGGGACCUGGAGCAGGGAGAUGUUUCUGAGACCAUCCGGAUCUUCUUCGAGCAGAGCAAGACCUGUCCUCCAGCACCCAAGAGCCUGCUGACCAUCCAGGAGGUCGAUGAGUUCCUCAUCCAGCUGUCCAAGCUCACCAAGGAGGAUGACCAGCAGAGUGUCCUGCAGCAGAUCAGCCGCAGGUGUACGGGCAACGACCUGAAGUGCAUCAUCAGGCUGAUUAAGCAUGACUUGAAAAUGAAUGCUGGAGCCAAGCAUGUGUUGGAUGCUCUGGAUCCCAACGCCUACGAGGCGUUCAAGGCCUCGCGGAACCUGCAGGACGUGGUGGAGCGCGUGCUGCAGAACCAGCAGGAGGCUGAGAAGGUGCCAGGGCUCAAGAGGACCCUGAGCGUGCAGGCCUCGCUCAUGACCCCCGUGCAGCCCAUGCUGGCUGAGGCCUGCAAGUCCAUCGAGUACGCCAUGAAGAAGUGUCCCAACGGCAUGUACGCCGAGAUCAAGUACGACGGCGAGCGCGUGCAGGUGCACAAGAACGGCGACCACUUCAGCUACUUCAGCAGGAGCCUCAAGCCUGUGCUGCCCCACAAAGUAGCCCAUUUUAAGGAUUUCAUCCCCCAGGCUUUCCCUGGUGGGCAAAGUAUGAUUCUGGAUUCAGAAGUUCUCCUGAUUGACAAUAAAACUGGCAAGCCACUUCCUUUUGGGACUCUUGGUGUGCACAAGAAAGCUGCUUUCCAGGAUGCCAACGUUUGCCUCUUUGUGUUUGACUGCAUCUACUUCAAUGACAUCAGCCUGAUGGACAGGCCCCUGUGUGAACGGCGCAAGUUCCUGCACGACAACAUGGUGGAGAUCCCCAACAGGAUCCUGUUCUCAGAGAUGAAACAUGUCACAAAAGCUUCAGAUCUGGCAGACAUGAUCACCCGGGUCAUCCGCGAGGGGCUGGAAGGGCUGGUGCUGAAGGAUAUCAAGGGUAAUUAUGAGCCAGGGAAACGCCACUGGCUGAAGGUGAAGAAGGAUUAUCUCAACGAGGGGGCAAUGGCUGACACUGCUGACCUGGUGGUGCUGGGGGCUUUCUAUGGACAAGGCAGUAAAGGUGGGAUGAUGUCCAUCUUCCUCAUGGGCUGCUACGACCCCAAGACUGAGAAGUGGUGCACAGUGACCAAGUGCUCUGGUGGCCACGAUGACGCCACUCUGGCACGUCUGCAGACAGAGCUGGACAUGGUGAAGAUCAGCAAGGAUCCUAGUAAAAUUCCAAGGUGGCUAAAAAUUAACAAAAUCUACUACCCAGACUUCAUUGUCCCAGAUCCAAAGAAAGCCCCGGUGUGGGAGAUCACGGGGGCCGAGUUCUCCAAGGCCGAGGCGCACACCGCGGACGGGAUCUCCAUCCGCUUCCCGCGCUGCACGCGCAUCCGCGACGACAAGGACUGGCAGACAGCCACCAACCUGCAGCAGCUCAAGGAGCUGUACCAGCUCUCCAAGGAGAAGGCUGAUUUCAGUGUUACAGCUGGGGAGGAAGAUGAGUCCACAGCUGGCAGCAGUGGAGAGAAUGAUGGGAAUUCCAGGUCUUCCACACCUCACAGCAGUAUUAAGAGUCCCCCAAGCAAGUCACCUGCAAAAGCCCAGAAGGCAGAAGAUAGCAAAGGAGUCACUGGAUCCCCUGAAAAAUCCGAGGAGAAACGAGGGGAGAAGAGAAAAGCAUCUGAGAUGGAGGACAACGGGAAGAAGCUGCCACUGCUGGACAUUUUCACGGGGGUGAGGCUCUACCUGGCUCCCUCUGUGAAGGACUUUGAGCGGAUCCGCCGCUACUUCAUCGCCUUCGACGGGGACCUGGUGGCAGAGCCGGACACGGCCUCGGCCACCCACGUGAUUGGGGACACUGCCGAGCACCCCGGGGCGCAGCGGGUGACCCCCAGGUGGAUCUGGGAGUGCAUCCGCAAGCGCAGGCUGGUGGCACCGUGCUAGCACAGGGCAGUGCUGGCACACAGCAGCUGGGGCCAGGGAGAUCUCCAUGCAGGGGUGGGUAGGCUGGAAGUGCCCUCAGAAGUAGCUACAGAGAUCCAGAGCAGCCCUGUGGAGUGAAUUUAAAAAGUUCUCUGAUGAAAUGUCACUGCUGAAUCCCAUUUUUCUGCCCACACCAUAUCCAGGUGCUGGAUUAGUCUCCUUGGGUUUUUAAAGUUUGGGUAUUUUUAUAGAUAAAUAAAACUGAAGCAGCUUCUCCUUUGCUGUCAGGA